CCUGCGGGACAAACCUGCAGCUCUGUCAUGGACUGCCUGCGGGAAGGUCUCUGGACAGUGCUGGGUGGCCGAGGAGGGCGUGAAGGAGGCUGCGGGUCAUGCUGAUACUUUAUUCGGCAUUUAAUCCACGGGUUCCAAUGAACAAAGCCGGGAUUAACAGCUCCUGCCAUGAAAUUGAAGCCAAGAAAGCGUGUGACUGGCUCCGGGCAGCAGGAUUCCCCCAGUAUGCCCAGCUGUACGAAGAGUCAUCAUUCCCUCUUGACAUCAGUGCUGUGAAGAAGGACCACAGCUUCCUGGACCAGGAUUCCCUCAAAUCCCUGUGCAGGAGGCUGAUGACCCUGAACACUUGUGCCUCCAUGAAGCUGGAUGUUCACUUUCAGCGUAAACAGAAUGAAGACUCUGAGGAGGAGGAGCAGUGUGCCAUCAGCAGCCGGUGGGCCUUCCAGAGGGACAGCAAAAGGUGGUCCCGGGUGGGGUCCGCCGAUGUCCUGUUGCAGGGCUCGGAGGCCCCGAGCUGCACCAUGCGCCCGGUGUCCAGCCGUGAGAGCGUCCUCACAGACCUCAGCACCAACCCCGAGGCCACGUCCCUGCACAGCACGGGCAGUGUGGGCAGCGUGGGUGGCACAGGUGGCACGCUGGGCACUGCGGCCACGCCAUCCGAGCCCCCGUCCCCUCUCCGUGCCACUGCCAACGCCUCCAGCUGCAGCCAGAGCGAGGGCUCUGCGCCGGAGCAGCCCUCGGGCCGCGGAGAGGGCUCCAAGGAGAAGCUGAAGAAGCGACGUUCUCGCAGCUUCCUGAAGAGGAUCGAGUCUCUGCGGAGGAAGGACAAGGAGAAACCCAGCCCAGACAGGAGGGUGGCUCCACACGGCAGCGCCACUCUGCCACCGGGAUGGGGCUCUCUGAAGAGUAACGGGGACUUUGGGGCCACCAGGACCAACUCCUCCAAAAGAGGGAUCCCUGCCUCUUUCCACAGCAAAAAACACUUCUUCUCGGUAUCAUACAGGACUAACCGCCUGCUCGGCCCCGGGGACACCAAGGGGAGCUCUGACCCCAAACGCAGUGGAAUCUACCUGGAGGAUUACGACACAGCCGCUGCUGCCGAGUGCCAGCGCCGGGCUCGCCAUGGCGACUGCCUGGUCUAUAUCCCCUGUGACCACAAGCCCGGCACCUUCCCCAGAUCUCUCUCCAUCGAGAGUUUGUGUCCCCUGGCCGGCAGCUCCCUGAGCCACUGGAGCGCAGGGAGCGGGGCCGUGGGGCUGGGCGGGGGCGGCAGCAGCAGCAGCGUGGAGGGCUCGUCCUCGCCCAGGGGCUUUUCCCGCCGGCGCCGGGGCUCCUGCAGCUCCCUGGGCAGCCGUGUCAGCGUCUACGACAACGUGCCGGAGUUCGGCAGCAGCGAGGAUUUCUGCAAGGACGGGGAGGUCACCUACGAGAACCUCGACGACAUCCUGCAGCACGUGUGGGGGCUGCAGCAGAAGGUGGAGCUCUGGUGUAAAGCCGUCUCGCCUGGCCUGGAUGGGGAGGAAGGGGGCGAGGAAGAGGAGGAUGAGGAGGAGUCGGACUCGGGAGGGGAGCCCUCCAACCUGCAUUUCGAAGAGAGGUCCAUGUCGGAUGUCGGCACCUCUGCCAGUGACUUUGAUAGCACUGGGAACUCCCUCAACGAGGCUGAAGAGAUCGAGACACGGGAGCGCCGGGAUUCGGGGGUGGGAGCAUCACUCACAAGACCCUGCAGAAAGCUGCGUUGGCACAGCUUCCAGAACUCACACCGGCCCAGCCUGAACUCGGCCUCGCUGGAGAUCAAUCGCCAGUCAUCAGCCCAGCUCAACCUGCUCCAGAAGUGCUCCCUGCUGCGGCUCACAGCCAUCAUGGAGAAGUACUCUGUACCCCACAAGCAGGCCUGGACCUGGACUGUCCCCAAGUUCAUGAAGCGGAGUAAAGUCCCUGACUAUAGGGACAAGAUGGUUUUUGGGGUGCCCCCCAUCGUCAACGUGCAGCGAACAGGGCAGCCCCUGCCCCAGAGCAUCCAGCAGGCCAUGCGCUACUUACGCAGCCAGUGCCUGGACCAGGUUGGCAUUUUCCGCAAGUCCGGGGUGAAGUCCCGGAUCCAGGCGCUCCGGCACAUGAACGAGACCAGCCCUGACAACGUCAACUACUCGGGGCAGUCAGCGUACGACGUGGCCGACCUGCUGAAGCAAUACUUCCGUGACCUGCCCGAGCCCAUCUUCACCAGCAAGCUCACUGACACCUUCCUGCAGAUCUACCAGUUCGUGUCCAAGGAGCAGCGGCUGCAGGCGGUGCAGGCUGCCAUCAUCCUCAUGCCAGAUGAGAACAGGGAGGUGCUGCAGACCCUGCUCUACUUUCUGAGCGAUAUUGCCUCGGCUGAGGAGAACCAGAUGACAGCCGGGAACCUGGCUGUGUGCCUGGCCCCCUCCAUCUUCCACCUCAACGUGUCCAAGAAAGAAAGCACAUCACCCAGGGCCAUACACAAGAGGGGCACCAUGGGGAAGCCGGACCAGAAGGACCUCAAUGAGAACAUGGCUGCGACACAGGGGCUCUCCCACAUGAUCACUGACUGCAAGAAGCUCUUCCAGGUCUCCCACGACAUUUUGCUGCAGCUGAGCAGCUCCUAUAUGGCUGCAGAUGCCUAUCCCCACCCCCUGGCUGACUUGGUGUGCCAGGGGGAGAGCAAAGAUUUACACUCCUACUUCGAGCAGAGUGUACAGAACCUGCUCAAAGAGUCGUCAGAGAAAUUCAAGGGGUGGCUGAGCACGCCAGGACCCCUGAACACGGAGCUGUCCUGCAAAAAGGUUGGGGACGGGCACCCUCUGCGCCUGUGGAAGGUCUCCACGGAUGUUGAGGCCCCUCCUGCCACGGUGCUGCACCGGGUGCUGCGGGAGCGUCACCUGUGGGACGAGGACCUGCUGCAGAGCAGGGUGGUGGAGGCGCUGGACAAGGACAUGGAGGUGUACCACUACGUGAUGGACAGCAUGGCCCCGCACCCGCGCAGGGACUGCAUGGUGCUCCGGCGCUGGCGCACGGACCUGCCGCGGGGAGCCUGCCUGCUCAGCUCCCUGUCGGUGGAGCACGACAAGGUGCCAGUGGAGGGAGGUGUCAAGGCCAUCGUGCUGACAUCCCAGUACCUCAUCGAGCCCAGCGCCAUGGGGCGCUCCCGGGUGACCCACAUCUGCAGGGCUGACCUCAGGGGCCGUUCUCCCGAGUGGUAUAACAGGGUCUUUGGCCACCUCUGUGCCAUGGAGCUGGCGAGGAUCCGAGACUCUUUCCCAGCCCUGAGUCCCAACGGCCCCGAGACAAAGAUCUGAGGCAGCAGGAGGAUGCUCUGUCCUUUCAGACGUGGACUUGCCAGUGGAUCCGGACUGGGGCUCUCAGCAGGAAGCACGAUGUGGUGCAGUGCCCGUGGAGGGGGAGACAGAGGCACAUAUUUAUAAACAUCCUUUCACCCCGGGCUGGGCAGUCCCAUCCCAUGGCCCGGGUGCUGCGGGGCAGGGUGGC